UGUAACGGGUAUAACCCAGUAUUGUCUUCAGCAAAGCAAUCCUGUUAAAUUGCUUGUCAGAUCGCUUCCCUACUCAGAGCUGUGCUGUGGUCCCUUCUUUCAGUUGCCUUCUUUCAGUUGCCUACAGGUCCUUUGGAUUGGCUUCUGCUACCUGUUAACAUAUGAGCUCCAAUCCUGUCUUUGUAUCUAGUUUUCUUGUUACAGUUUCUCAUUUGGGCCUUGAGAGAUCACUGCAUACAGAACACAUUCCUCCCAAGAUACCAAGACACCUGUUCUGUGCUUUAUUUUCUCUCCAGUGCCUCUCUGCUUUCCAAUGGGAUAAAUCAUGGUUCUUAACUUUUUUUUCCCACUAGAAUGUAAUCUGUUUGAGAAUGGCGGUUCCGAGCUGUAUGUUUAUUUUUAACACUAAACUAGUGCUUGGGGUUCAGUUCCCAGCAUGGAGGGAAAAGCACUGGAGCAUGCAGUAUAUUGAUGGGUACCACACGUUGUAGCGCUCUUGGCUUCCUUAGUGUAGGGUUAGGGGCUUAGAGGUUCUGUGCACCAAACCCAGGGAACGAAUUCUCCGCUAAGCCAUCACCUCUGCCUUUAGUGUUCUGAAGAGUUUCACAUUUAGGUUGACAGACACACAAAAGACUUAAAUGAAACUACUGUCUAUAGAGGAGUGAUUCUGAGUUAUGCACUUCAGCAUUCUCCAAAAAAGGAAGAAGAAAGAAAGAAAGAAAGAAAGAAAGAAAGGAAGGAAGGAAGAAUCUUGUCGCUGAGCCUGGCUGAUAAGAUGAUCCAAAUCCAAUCUUCAGGACCUACAUGUUUUCUAGCUAACACUAAGUGCAAGUGUUCCUCUGACCUCCAUAUGUAUAUACUCCUCACACCAAUUUAAUUUCAUUCUUUUUUUUUUUUUUUAAAGAUUUAUUUAUUUACUUAUUAUAUGUAAGUACACUGUAGCUGUCUUCAGAUACUCCAGAAGAGGGCAUCAGAUUUCAUUACGGAUGGUUGUGAGCCACCAUGUGGUUGCUGGGAUUUGAACUCGGGACCUUCGGAAGAGCAGUCGGCGCUCUUAACCACUGAGCCAUCUCGCCAGCCCUAAUUUCAUUCUUUUAAGUGGAGUGUGAAGAUUGGCCAUGUGUUCAAGCGCUGUCUUCCUGUUGGCCCUGACAAUCACUGCCAGCGUCCAGGCUCUGACCCCCACCCACUACCUCACCAAGCAGGAUGUGGAAAGGCUGAAGGCCUCACUGGACCGCCCCUUCACAGAUUUGGAGUCUGCCUUCUACUCCAUCGUGGGACUCAGCAGCCUUGGGGUACAGGUGCCAGAUGUCAAGAAAGCGUGUACCUUCAUCAAGUCCAACCUUGAUCCCAGCAACGUGGAUUCUCUCUUCUAUGCAGCCCAGUCCAGCCAGGUCCUCUCAGGCUGUGAGAUAUCUGUUUCAAAUGAGACCAAAGAGCUCCUGCUGGCAGCAGUGAGUGAAGACUCCCCCAUUGCCCAGAUCUACCAUGCAGUUGCAGCACUCAGCGGGUUUGGGCUUCCCUUGGCAUCCAAUGAAGCCCUCGGUGCCCUUACCGCUCGCCUCGGCAAGGAAGAGACUGUGCUAGCAACGGUCCAGGCUCUGCAGACAGCGUCCCACCUCUCCCAGCAGGCUGACCUGAGGAACAUUGUAGAGGAGAUUGAGGACCUUGUUGCUCGGCUGGAUGAACUAGGGGGUGUGUAUCUGCAGUUUGAGGAAGGACUGGAGCUCACGGCGCUGUUUGUUGCUGCCACCUACAAGCUCAUGGACCACGUGGGGACCGAACCGUCCAUGAAGGAGGAUCAGGUUAUCCAGCUCAUGAACACAAUCUUCAGCAAGAAGAACUUUGAGUCCCUCUCAGAAGCCUUCAGUGUGGCCUCUGCUGCUGCUGCAUUGUCCCAGAAUCGCUACCACGUACCAGUGGUGGUUGUGCCCGAGGGCUCUACUUCUGACACUCAAGAACAGGCUAUCCUGAGGUUGCAGGUCAGCAAUGUUUUGUCUCAGCCUCUGGCUCAAGCUGCAGUGAAGCUGGAGCAUGCUAAGUCGGCGGCUACCAGGGCUACCGUCCUGCAGAAGACGCCCUUUUCGCUUGUGGGGAAUGUUUUUGAGCUAAACUUCAAGAAUGUUAAACUUUCCAGUGGCUACUAUGACUUCUCUGUCCGAGUUGAAGGUGACAGCCGUUACAUUGCAAACACUGUAGAGCUUCGAGUCAAGAUCUCCACUGAAGUUGGCAUCACAAAUGUUGAUCUUUCCACUGUGGAUAAGGAUCAGAGCAUUGCACCCAAAACUACCCGGGUGACCUACCCAGCCAAAGCCAAGGGUACAUUCAUCGCAGACAGCCAUCAGAACUUUGCCCUGUUUUUCCAGCUGGUAGAUGUGAACACCGGUGCGGAGCUCACCCCUCACCAGACGUUUGUUCGACUUCAUAACCAGAAGACUGGCCAGGAAGUGGUGUUUGUUGCUGAGCCAGAUAACAAGAAUGUAUAUAAGUUUGAACUGGACACCUCUGAAAGGAAGAUUGAAUUUGACUCUGCCUCUGGCACCUACACACUCUACUUAAUCAUCGGGGAUGCCACAUUGAAGAACCCAAUCCUCUGGAACGUGGCUGACGUGGUUAUCAAGUUCCCUGAGGAGGAAGCCCCCUCGACUGUGCUGUCCCAGAGCCUGUUUACCCCAAAACAGGAAAUUCAGCACCUGUUCCGAGAGCCUGAGAAGAGGCCCCCCACAGUGGUGUCCAAUACAUUCACGGCCCUCAUCCUCUCGCCCUUGCUCCUGCUCUUUGCACUGUGGAUCCGGAUUGGAGCCAAUGUCUCCAACUUCACAUUUGCUCCUAGCACAGUUAUCUUCCACCUGGGACAUGCUGCGAUGCUGGGCCUCAUGUAUAUCUACUGGACUCAGCUCAACAUGUUCCAGACCCUCAAGUACCUGGCUGUCCUGGGCACUGUGACGUUUCUGGCUGGCAACCGAAUGCUGGCCCAGCAUGCAGUUAAGAGAACAGCACAUUAGUUCCAGAAGAAGUCUGAAGACCCUGAAGGCUGAAAUGAACAUUUAACAAGGAGUGGGGACAGUUCAUGGUGUGAAAGGAAGAACUGGGGACACAACAGGAGGGAGGAGAUGCCUGUUCGUUAAAAAGAGAAAAGCUGAGCUGUGCUUACAUGUUUACUUGUUUCUCACUUUUUGCUUCACAGAGCAGACAUGUUUGGGCCCAGAUUGUCUGUCCCUUUGUCUUGAUGCCUGGCAAGAUGCUGUGAAUAUCCCAGGCUACCCAGAUGUUGUAUUUGAAAAGUUGAAAUCUGUAAUUCAUCAUCAGCUUUGGAAUAAAGAGAAUGGUGGACUCCCAGU